GUAGAAUUCUCGGGUGUCACGGCCACCCCGAUAUGCCCAAUCGCGUUCAUGCACCCACGGGCUGAUAGUGCUUUCAAUCUCAGCUACCCUGUGAUCCCCUCGUGAGCUUUUCCCCAGGAGUGUGAUGGCAUGACCAUCCUCGCAGCUAUGGUCGCAUUGAUCCGCCUAUAAUCAGCCAAAUGCAGGAGCACCCUGCAUCGUUCUGCCCUUUUAAACUCGAUCUCGUCCCAUCCUUCCUCGAGUAGAAAGUUGGGAUCUAUUUUGUUUCAGUGACCAUCACGCGCUUUAUCCCCCUACAUGUUGCACUGCUUGGCCAAGGACUUCAACCCUAGCCUUGGACUGACGAAACGAAGCAACCAUGUCAGCUGACCUCGAACGCGCCGUGUCCAAUGGCGUGAACCAUGAGAAGGCCGGGCUCACCCCACUCGGUGAUCACCAUGCCCCGAUUUUUGAUAAUGCGGCGCUGCUGUCCGACUACGAGGGCAAGCCCACCGAAGAAGAGCUUGUCACCCUCCGCCGCGUUGCCGGCAAGAUUCCUCUGGUUGCCUACUUACUCUGUGCCGUGGAAUUCUGCGAGCGUGCAUCCUACUAUGGCUGUUCUUCGAUUUUCAGCAACUAUGUCAACCGACCUCUGCCCCUUGGCGGUAACGGUUGGGGUGCGCCACCCGUCGGCACGCAACAGACGGCAGGUGCGCUUGGUCUUGGGGAAGUUGCAGCAAACGCCACUCAACAGUCCUUCACAUUGCUCGCAUAUGCACUGCCCAUGGUGACGGCAUACUUCGCCGAUACCAAGACAGGCCGGUACUCCAUGAUCUUCUGGGGCGUCAUCGUCUGUGGUGUAGCUCACGUUCUCAUGAUCGCUGGUGGUGCCAAGGAACUUCUGGCCAACGGCACCGCCAAGAUCCCUUUCUACUUAGGAGUCUACAUUCUCUCAAUCGGGGCUGCCAUGUUUAAGCCCAACGUAUCGCCGCUUCUCCUUGAUCAGAUGACCACCCACGUGCCCAAGGUCGUUACCCUCAAGUCGGGCGAGCGAGUCAUUGAAGACCCCGAACAUAGCACCGAGAGGGUAAUGUUAUGGUUCUACCUGCUAAUCAACAUCGGCGGCUUCAUGGCUGUCGCUACUACAUACUCGGAGAAGCUUGUCGGCUGGUGGCUGGCUUACCUGCUACCCCUUAUCCUCUACCUGCCUCUACCGUUUCUUCUUAUCUUCCUCAAGCCCCGUAUCGUGUUGCACCCGCCAGGUGGCUCCGAUCUGCUCAACAUUUUCAGAGUCCUUGGUUAUUGCUUCAGGUACGGUGGCGUUUUCAGCAUCGGUCGCCAUGGCUUCUGGGAGCCCGCCAAGCCCUCCAACAUAGCCGCCAGAGGCUUGCCGGCCGAGACGCGCUGGAACGACCAGUUUGUCGAAGAUGUGAAGCGAACCUUCCAGGCAACUGGCAUGUUUUUCUUCUUCCCCGUGCAGUAUUGGAACGAUAAUGGUAUCGGCAGUGCGGCGAGCUACACGAGCACCAUGCUGACUACCAACGGCGUGCCCAACGAUCUCCUGGGCAACUUCAACUCGCUCAGCAUCAUUUGCUUUGCACCCGCCCUCAAUUACGGCAUUUAUCCAUUGCUACGCAAAAUGAAGAUACACUACGGUCCCAUUGCCCGCAUCACCACUGGCUUCUUUCUCAGCACUCUAAGCGGCAUUGGCUAUACCGUCAUCCAGUACAAGGCCUACCAGACGUCGCCUUGCGGGUAUUACGGAUCCUCAGAUCCCAACUGCGUCGACAACGGUCUCGUCUCGCCCAUCUCCAUCUGGGUCAUGGCGGUUCCCUACGCCGUCGGUGGCAUCUCGGAACUCUUCAUCAACGUGCCCGCUUAUGGUAUCGCAUACUCUCGUGCACCGGUGAACAUGAGGGGUUUGGUGUCCGCUAUCAACCUCUUCAAUACGGCCAUUGCCACCAUUGUCGGCCUGGCCUGUUCCUCCGUCAUUGCCGACCCACUUCUCGUCUGGGACUUCGGCGGCCCUGCCAUUGUGGGUGGCGUUGUUACUGUCGUAUUCUACUUCAUCUUCCGUCACAUUGACAAGGAAGAGUACGUCCUCUCGACCAACGAGGUUCACGACAGCACCGGGACGACCAACUUCGUAGCCCCGAGUAAGCACAACGAGACUACUAACCGCUCGGCCCCUAUUCAGGACACGGAGCAGUACGGCAUCUCGCAGAAGAUGUAGUGCCGUGUUAUUACUUCUUCGUCCCCUCACGGCUGAGACGGUUCAGGUUAGCGAGCGGAUGGGAGAUAGAAUUAGAAAGGAGCAAGGGAAAGGAUGAUGAAUAACCGUAUCCUUCUGUUGUAUACCUUUUACAUAGAAUGGUGUUCAAGGUAGUAGUUAAUGUGACGGCACCUGACAACACCGGGAUUUCGGCCAUUGGUUAGACGGCUACAUCACCCGCACCGUGGGGUAGCUCGCGAAUAUUAUCCAUUCAUUUCAGCAAAAUUUCCUUCCGU